CAGUGGUUCGUUCACCGUCACUUAGAAACCUUGGACCCAAGUAACGAAAUCUGGAUUCAGUCUGGGUGGAAGGAUCUUCUAAUGUCUCCUUCACUUCUCUACCAGGAUGCUUACAUUCCAAUAGCUUACUAAACAUCAAAGGCUUUUUAAGGAACUGAGAAAUAUCAAGACAGAAUUGGAUUGCUUUCAUGCACUUUAUCCUUAAGUUAAACUCAGCGAUGGCGACAGAUGGAUAUAUCUCUGAUGACUAUGUAUGUUUGCUAACUUUAGGUUGAUAUAAACCCUGUGGAUACUUCAGUCUUCAUGACUUGCAAGCACUACUCUUAUACUGGUAUUCAACACUUGUUGAUGAAGAAAGUGUUGGAGUUACUGUACUUACCUUAUAACUCAAACAACCUAUUUUGUACUUUGAGUUACUCUUUGAUGUUGACCAUUAUAUAAAGUGUAUGGGCUAUCAUAUAUCGUGGUGUCGUGGAUGAUAGUCAUAUCCUAACUUUCUCAGCUGCAAUUGUUUGUCUUUUUGGAUCCACAUAUUCUAGUUUCAAAAGAUAUUUUUGACUAUGAAUAUCAAUAUUACCAUGGAUUAUACCAGUGAUAACGUGUCUUUGUUGAACGAAACUAAUCUGAACGGGACACACGGUACUAAUGGGUCAUUGGUGGACUCAGACCAACAACAGCAAGUCAUGGAAAUCCCAUUGUAUCUUUGGUUGAUACCGACAGCUUUUUACAUCUUCAUCUUCACCUGUGGAGUGACAGGAAACUCCCUGGUCGUGAUCGUGAUUUGUAAAAACAAGGAUAUGCGCAACACAACCAAUUAUUUCUUGACAAACUUGGCCAUCGCGGAUUUGUUGGUUUUGGUUGUAUGUAUGCCGACAGCUUUGAUGGAGAUCUACACCAAGGAGAUAUGGUACCUGGGAGAAAUUGCAUGCAAAGCGCUUCCAUCCAUCGAGAACUGUGUGGCUAAUGCCUCGGUACUGACCCUGCUAGCCAUUAGCAAAGAACGCUACGACGCCGUAUGCCGACCCUUUAUGACGUAUCAGCGUGAGAGGUCGGGGAACGCUGGAGCCCAGUUACGCCAAACGAUCUACUUACUGUGUGGGAUCUGGCUAAUCGCCUUGCUGGCAGCGUUACCAUUUUCUUUCAUAGCUAGGUUAAUAGAGGAGCGUUACUACGAUGGAUCAAUUGUACCCAGGUGUAGCAUGGCGAUCAACAAUGAUCUAAAAAAGUCAUACGCUGUCGGGGUAUUUGCUGCCUUCUAUGCAAUCCCCUUCAUCAUUUUAUUCGUGGUCUACGCCGUUAUUUGUAAAUCUAUCUUAUUCAGGGCAGGGUAUCGAACCUGCACACAGGAUCGAACCCGCAGCUCUCGCGCAGUGGCCUUCAUGUUAUUAACGCUAGUCGCCCUAUUCUUUACCUCUCACAUGCCGUACCGCGUUAUAAGUACUAUGAUAAUCUUCCGAGCUAACUAUGUUUACAGACUUGGCUUUGAAGGCUAUUACAAUGUCAUCUAUAUGUCUCGGAUCAUGUUCUAUCUGAACAGUUGUAUGAAUCCGAUCAUUUAUAACUUUAUGUCGAAUGGAUUCCAUGAGGCCUUUAAAUCAUCUAUCUGUGUGUGCCUUAGGAAGAAGAGGGAACCUCGAGAAAAUGGUCAUCAUCCCAUCCCAGGGAGUGAAGGAAAUUCACGGUUAGAGCAAACUUUCGGCGAGGCGACACACGUCACCAUGCUGGAGAUGGAAUCGAACGCGAAUGAAGCAUGACGGAAGGAGAGGCGGAAAGGCACAUUUAACUGCUUCUCCGCCUCACAGCCUUAAGCUUAUUAGUGUUUCGCAUUCCGAGAGAGAAAUAUUUGUCAUAGAAGAUGUCGGACUAUUCCGUCCUUUAACACAAGUCCUGUCGCUCACAGAUUGGCGUAAUCGGAAGUGUUUGAUUCCAUUUUCGACAGCCGAGUUUCCAGGAAGUCUCCUCAAAACACCGCCUUUGCUAGUGAUUAUAACUCGUUUAUAUCUGUUAAUGUCGUAUUUGCGCGUACGGGGGUAAUGAGGUUACUUGGGCUCCAAAUCAUUUAUAUUUGGGCUUUUGUCGCUCCGACACUAGCUUUGUAUCUGUGUAUAAUUGGAACCUUUGAGCACCAUUUUGAUAAAUUACAGUUUCCGUGGUGAUACGUUCACAUACAUGUAUAUGGAAUUCGGUGGUGUCUUCUUACGGAGUGAUGAAAUUGUACAUUAAACAGCACGUCACUUCGUACUGAGGUGGAAAACUUUUAAAACUUUUACUAGAGCUUUGAUUAGGAUAAAUGAUCAAUCGGCAUCCAGUUGAAUCCGUGAAGGGUCUUGAUCUCUUUCAUCAGUCAAGCCGCCAUACCUAUUAGCAUUUGGUCCCAAGUUCACCGAACAUGUCAGAGUUAACUUUGGCAAAUUAUAACAAAUGACCUAUCCGAUCGAUCCUUUCCUUUGAAAAAAGACAUUUAAAUCGGGUGUUAUUUCCUCGGGUGCGAACUGGAGGAAGCUGUGGUUCGGCGAAAGUCGAAUGUACAAUGUUGUCUUGUUGGUUCCCGAAACCACAUUAAAAAGCAGCCAGAAACAUCAUCUUAAAUGAUUGUCUCACUUCCAAUGGGUACAUCGUUAAGGCUGAAUAUCGGCUUGACGACUCAAGCGAAAUCCAUCCUAUAUCUCUACAUGUAUCUCAGAACAUUUUGGGAGAUGUCUUCAAUGCAUGAGAGAAGCCCUGGGAACAACCGCUAAUCAUGGUACUUGAUGAUUUCCGAUGUCACCUGAUCCUCUAAUGGUCUGAGAUGGUCGACAUUAGGGCCGUUUAGACGACGCGAAAAAAUCCGGAUGCGUCCCGAAUCCGGAUUAAUUUUUCGUCGUGUAAACGCAAAAAGAUCCGGAUCAAUGUGGUUGCAUCCGGACUAAAAAGGUACCAUCGCCUUGGGUGGUUUUAAUCCGGAUUCAUCCAGAUUCGAUCCGAAUGCGGUCUUUUCGCCUGUCGUCUAAACGGCCCUA